UAGGCGAGAGAGAUUCCUGCGGUCACGAAAGCUUCAUACCCAUAUUUAUUUUACCAGGUAAAGCCCACUGAGCGAUUCGCUUUAUUUUUUCAGUCAGAAGCAUGCAUAGGAAACUAAAUUCGUGUUGUAUUUUACCAGGUAAGGCCAAAGACAUAUAUAUUUUUAGAAGCGGGACCUGGCCACAAGUGAGAGCGGGGGACGGGGGAGCUCGUGCCCGGUUAGGUGCCUCCACUUGCCCGCCACCAGCACUGAUCAGGAAACCGCUCGUGUGGCCUCACCACAACUCCCUCCUCUCCUGCUCCUCCUCCUCCUCCGACGUCUGAUUAACGUCACGAGCCACCCCCACCCCGACUUCGCCACGACGCAUUGGUCGACCGCACCGCACAUGGACAGCAUCACAUGACGCGCGUGCAUUCGUCCGGGAUGGAGGAGGAGGAGGAGCAGGAGCAGGAGGAAUACCCGGCACGACAGUAAAUCUGCGACUUUUGUGUGCGGCAUGUGUCACAGCCUAACACACACACACACACAAAGACACACACACACACAAAACAACAACUGCUACACACCCGCACACCACUCGAACUGUACAUGCACAUCGUACGCGCGACAAUGCACUCGGCUCUCCACGUGAACGCAGCCCUCCUCUCUCGAUUCGCCACGGGCAUCCCCGCCGCUGCCCACCGGCCCACGGCGCGCCGGGGCGGUGGCCACCCGGGCGAUGAAGGGGGGCAGAGUGCCCCCCACGGAGAGGAACAACAGCAGCAGCAGCAGCAGCAGUCGAGCACCGCCGCUAUCUCCUGCCCGCCACCCGCAGGUCACACCGGUGACCCGGCCUUCGUGCGCGGCCUUCACGUGGCGUUCGCUUUCGAGCGCGGUGCCCGGCGGGGAGAGAGGCCCUCUCUGCGGGGCGGUCCCGCGGAGCAAGGCGGCGGUGGCGGCCCCCUUUACCCGUGGAUGAGGAGCUCAGGACACGACGGUAGGAAGGGCAGGAGGAGCUACUCGCGCCACCAGAGCCUGGAGCUGGAGAAGGAGUUCCACUUCAACCGCUACCUCGCCCGGAGACGUCGAGUCGAGAUCGCGCACUCGCUGUGCCUGAGCGAGCGCCAGGUCAAGAUCUGGUUCCAGAACCGGCGCAUGAAGUGGAAGAAGGAGCGUCGAGGCAUUGACGCGCGGCGUGAAGAGGUGGAGGAAGGGGAGGAGAUGGUGGAGGACGAGGUGGAGGAGAGUCAAGACGGCGAGAAGACGGUCGACAUCAAGGAGUGAGCCGAGCUCGGACCGCGUGCGAGAGAGGCCUUGGUGCGCGAUUCGCUGUCCAUGAAAUCUUGACUUAAAAGCUUUUCGUGGCUGCAGGAAUUCAUAUGAUUUGGGUCUUUCGGUAAAGUCACGUUGAUAGGUUCAACGAAAAUGAAGUGGCAAAAAAUUUCGACGUUUCGAUCGCAAACACAACCCGUCUACGUGACUUUACCGAAAGAUAAAUACGAGGGACAUUUGUACGCAAUUGCAACGCGGUCGCACUACUAUAGAGACAAAGACAAAGAUCCCCCGUAUAGUCUGUAACAGACUGUUGAGGCAAGCGCUGUUGGCGAGCACCUGUG